AUGGCUCCGCUUUUCGCAGAUUCCUUACUGCGGGAUAUUUGUCAAUUGUUGAAUGAUACUAGUAAUUGUGAUGUGAUAAUCGAGGUUGGCAAUGAGAGAGAACCUUUUAAAGCUCAUUUUGUAAUUUUAGGAGCCCGUUCUCCUUAUCUGAAAACCGCUUUAACUUCUAAUUUGGUGAAAAAAGAAAAUGAUAUGAUUAUUUUUACAAUGCCAAAUACUUCUCCUAAAGUUUUCGGAAAAAUCCUAAAAUAUAUUUAUACGGGUGAAUUUCUUUUAACUGAUGAAGAAGAUAUCCAAGAAAUGAUGCUCGAUUUGUUAAUAGUGGCCGAUGAAUUAGCGCUUCUUGAAUUAGUCAAGUACAUGGAAGAAUAUAUUAUUACUUUUGAGCGGGAUUGGAUUCAAGAAAAUCUUGCAAAAAUAUUUUCCACCGCAUCCAAAUACGAAAAAUUUACUAGACUUUGGAAACAAUUUUGUGGAGAAUUAUUAGCACAACGACCAAAUGCACUUUUCACUUCCUCAUAUUUCCUUUCGUUAAAACGGUCAACCUUACUUACAUUUAUUAAACGCAAUGACUUGAAUAUUGAUGAAAGUGAAAUUUGGAAAAAUUUGAUCAAGUGGGCCUGCGAACAAACGCCAAAACUCUGUCACGAGGUUGAGCGAUUGACACAAGAUGACUUUAAGGAAUUAGAAAGCCGAUUGAAAGAUUUUAUUCCAUUUAUUAGAUUUUUCAGUAUUACAAAGGAUCAGUACAUUUUAGGAGUUUUACCUUAUGAAAAUAUCCUUCCUGAUUCUUUGAGAAAUGAAUUAAAGAAAUUCUUUGAAUCGAAUGAGGAAAAAUCUCCACCUAAAAAUUUUUGUUCGUCAAGAAUUCCAAUCACUCAAACGGUGCCAGAUUCCGUUCUUAUUAAUAAUAAACACAUGGCACUUUUAGCAAGUUGGAUCGAUUCAAAAGACAAUGAUGGAAUUAGCUUUAAUAUUUCAAAAAACGUUUAUGAAUUUAAUCUAUUGCUUCGCGGAAGCCGUGACGGAAAGACUAUUCGAGAAUUUCACAAAUUCUGUAUUAACAAAGGACCUACUUUAGUUAUAAUUAAAGUUAAAGGUACCAAUCAAAUCAUUGGUGGCUAUAAUCCCGAACCAUGGAAUUUAGAAUAUGGAUUGAAAUACAAUGAAGGCGCUUUUAUUUGUUCUUUGGGCGGUGGUGACAAAAACUUUGGUAUCAUUUUAAGUCGAGCUAAAUAUAACGAAAUGUCAAUUCGUAAUGCACCGAAUUUGGCAAUUGGAUUUAUGGAUCUUGGAUGGUUUGAAGGAAGGUAUAAUCAUUUAUAUUUCGAAAAAAGAAUUAUGGAGAGUACUUAUAAGGAAUUUAUUCAAGACUAUGAAGUUUUUCAAGUUUGUAAAAAGAUUUUAUAA